AUGGCCAGAUUGUCAUACUCGAUACUUGGAGAGGGAUGGUUCCUGUCUAAGCGACACUGGCUCACCAAGCAACUCGUGGUGCUCGUCGGCCAGCGCACCAAGCGAGACGGCAACGACAGUGACGGGAACAGCUCCGUCGUCUUCCUCAGCUCGCGCAAGGUGCCCGCCACUCACUGGCUUUUCGCUAGCAUCAUUCGCACUACUGACUCCUCAAAAGUGGAACGAUCAACUCGCUACAUACGUCUCAGAGCCGUCGAGGGGCAACGACAAGAUGUCGCGCAACAAUACCAAUAUCUAGCAGGCCAUGAAGGGUACCAAGCAUCAAAGAGCAGUGGCACCUAA